UUUUCAAAUUAUUGUUUCCCCAUUUAGCUAGCUAUCUGAAUUUCCUUUUCUAGAAAGUACAUAAGACAAAAGAGCAAGCUUAUUGAAAUGGACAGAGUUAGAGACUUGGCAUCACAGAAGGCUGCUGUGAUCUUCACCAGGAGCUCAUGUUGCAUGUGCCACACAGUGAAGGCACUCUUCUACGAGCUCGGGGCUAGCCCCGCGAUCCACGAGCUCGACCGCAAUACGAAUGGGAAGGAGAUGGAGUGGGCCCUUCGCGAGCAGAUGGGCUGCAACCCUGCUGUCCCAGCAGUGUUCAUUGGAGGAAAGUUUGUUGGCUCAGCAAAAGAUAUAAUUUCUCUUCAUGUUGAUGGUACUCUUAAGCAAAUGCUCAUUGAUGCAAGGGCCAUCUGGUUCUAGACUUCGUGUCAUCAUUACCAAAAAGAAAACUACAAGCAUCAACAUAAGAGCUGCAUUAGUUUUAUAUGCUGCAGUUUUA